UCCCGUCUCAUGCUGGUGUCUCUGGUUUCAGACCUCGGAGGUGCUGGGAGGCAUGGACUAUGAGUGCACAGAGGCUUCACGGGGCACCACUCAUGGCAGACAGCCCUGCAGGAGUGCAGCUGUGCCUUAAGCUGGCAAAGGAAAAGGGCCGGAUUAGCCUGCCCGGGGAGCGCCCAUGGGUGGAUGGCUUUAGGGACCAGACCCAGCCUGUUGAAAACAGCAUGACGGUGGAGCGCAGCCAGGGCGGGGCAGCGUUUGGCAGAGUCUUUGCUGGUUUGGCGCCUACCGAGCUGGCAGCGGUGGCAGAAAUGAGCCAGCUGGCCCCAGUGCUCGGAGACCACAAGCCCAUAGCCAUGGCUGGUGCCCCGACCUGGAUCUGCGGGGACUGCGGCAAGAGCUUUGCCAGGAAGUCGGACUUCAAAGUGCACCAGCGGAUCCACACGGGAGAGAGGCCCUACCAGUGCUCCUACUGCAGCAAGGGCUUCUACCAGGCCUCCAUGGUGCGGCGCCACGAGCGCACCCACACUGGCGAGAAGCCCUACCGCUGCUCCGUGUGCGAGAAGUCCUUCGCCCGCUCUACCUCGCUGCUGAUCCACCAGAACACGCACACCGGCGACCGGCCCUACGAGUGCCCCUUCUGCGAAAAGACCUUCUCGGAUCCCUCCACCCUGCUCCAGCACCGCAAGAUGCACAUGGGCCUCAAACCCUUUCAUUGCGGCCUCUGCAACAAGUCCUUCAGCCAGUCCUCCAGCUUCACCUUCCACCGGGCUACUCACACCAACGACCGCCCCUUUGUCUGCUCCGAGUGCGGCAAGGCCUUCAUCCGCUCCACCGCCCUGCUCAAGCACCGCCAGACUCACAUCCAGAAGGCCUUUUGCUGUGGGGAGUGUGGCAAGGUUUUCCCCAAGCUCUCCGGCCUCCGCUCCCACCAGCGGAUGCAUGCCCAAGGCCACCGGCUAGCGAGGGAGUUGAGGGAUGGGGAGCGGAGCCGCUGGAUCGUUCCCAUGCUGGGGUUCCGAGCCCAGGACCCUCGACCCCAGGAUUGUCCCCUCCCCAGUGUGGCUGUGCAGCCAGAAUCCAGUUCCAGUCUUGUCUUUUCCCUGCUCUUUGAAGAAGAAAAGAUCCACCCCUCUUUGACCCUGAAAGCAGAUAUUCAGAAGCAGCAGCAGUGGAAAAUGGCAAGCGCAGAAUGCUCUGAGAGGCUGGCCCAGGAAGGCCCCGGCAGCAGCGUGGCUCAGAGAUCCCUUGAGGACAGGAAGAGGACCAUGAACACAUGGUGUGCAAACGAUGAGAGCGGGGGUGCGGAGGAUGCAGAGGAAAGCUACAGUCAUUAUUUUCGGAACGGCAUGCGGAAGGAACACGAUCCAGAGUCCAGCAGCUCCAUGCCGAGAGACAGCAUGCCAGAGGGUCUUCUGUGUGAGGAAGAUGAGGUCUUUUAUGAGACCUUCACUCUUAUCAAUGCCAAGGGGGUGGCCAAGAAGUUGAACAUGAUGGUCAGUCUUCACACGAAGAGCAAUGAGGAUGAUGAGGAAAGCAGCCAGGAGACUCUGUGUCAGAAGUGGCACAGCCGGCCAGUGAGGAAACCUGCUGUUCUUCGGCACAGCCCGCACGGCAUAAAGGUUUGUGGCAGGUACGUGGAGACUGUGGUUACCCUAGACAGUGAUGUGGACACCCCAACCAGCGACAGUCUGCAAUGCAGUGGCAUGGAAAGCAUCAAGAGCUACGUGACCAGGAACGGAGAAGGAGGGGUGUUUCCAGGAAAUCCAAGUAUGGACUUGGAUCCAAGCAAAGAGCUUCCCCCAAAAAGCCAGAGAGCAGUGAAGAGGCUGAACCUGAAAUCUGCCAACAAGCCAGCUGAGAUAGCGGGCAGCGUCGGGGCCCUGAAGGCAGCCACAGUGAGGAGGGUCAGGACUGGCCUGCAGCAGGUGCCCAGCAGCGAGGGGGAGGAGCGGCCUUAUAAAUGCAUGCAGUGUGGACGGGCCUUUAAGAAAUCCAGCAACCUCCUGAGCCACAUUGACACACACAGCGGGGCCAAGCCGUACGCCUGUGAGCUGUGCGGCAAGGCCUACUCACACCAGGGCACCCUGCAGCAGCACAGGCGGCUGCACACAGGCGAGCGCCCCUACAAGUGCCCGUUCUGCGUCAAGGCCUACACCUGGUCCUCGGACUACCGCAAACACAUCCGCACGCACACCGGCGAGAAGCCCUACAAGUGCCUGGACUGCGAGAAGGCCUUUGUGCGCUCUUCAGACCUGCGCAAACACCAGCGCAACAUGCACUGCAAUGACAAACCUUUCCCCUGCCAGGAGUGCGGCAAGACCUUCAACAAGCCGCUCUCGCUACUGCGCCACCAACGCACCCACCUGGGGGAGAAGCCUUUCCACUGCCCAGACUGUGGCAAGGAGUUUGCCGUGGCCAGCCGCAUGGUAGAGCACCAGCGCAUCCACACGGGGGAGCGCCCCUUUUCCUGCGCCAUCUGCGGCAAGUCGUUCACCAAGUCCUCCAACCUCUUUGAGCACCAGACGCUGCACACCGGCGAGCGCCCCUUCAAGUGUUCUGAGUGCGGCAUGGCCUUUGCCCAGUCCUCGCGCCUCAUCCGCCACCAGCGCAUCCACACCGGCGAGCGGCCCUUCGCCUGCGCCGAGUGCGGGCAGGCCUUUGCCCGGUCCUCCACCCUCAAGAGGCACCAGCAGAUCCACAGCGGGGAGAAGGCCUACCUGUGCUCAGACUGCGGCAAGUCCUUCCGCCAUGCCUCGCAGCUCACCCAGCACAUGCGGGUGCACACGGGGGAACGGCCUUACCAGUGCGCGCAGUGUUGCAAGGCCUUCACCCAGUCUACCCACCUCAUCCGCCACCAGGCCAAGCAUGGUGCCAGUAAUAGGGAGCCAUUCUCCUCUUCUGACGAAUGAGUCCCUCCCUGGCAGGGCAGCAGGACUCCAGGCGCCUGUAGCCCCAUUGCUGGGUUGAUUUGUGACUAGUAGGGCUGGCCCCACAGGGAAGCACUUUCAUAGGGACCCUGAGCUCUCUCCUAACUCUGGUGGAUUCCUAGUCUUCCCAUCAGUACCAACCACAUGGGGGCACUGCCGGGAGAGAAAGCACACACAGACGAGUUAGCUCUUGAUCUAUCAGACCUUGAAGGUUCAUUCAUCUUCCUCCUUUUUAAGGGGGAGCAGACAAGACAGGGCAACCAGAGGAAACAUAAAUUCAAGCUUGAGAUGAAACAUUGCCUGCUGAGGGGCCAAAUACAAGAGACUGGAGGGCCAUCAGGCAGAGUAAAUGUAAGAGAGCGGUUUGUAUGCCAGCUGGAGCAGAUGCCACUCUCUGACCAAGCUCUUUGUUUCUAGAGGAAGAGAUCUGCAAGUUCUUGUCUUCAUAAAUGCACGUGAAAUGAGCCAACCAGAGCCCCCAUGACAGGGAUACAGAUGAGGAGAGAUGAUGAGGAAUACACCCACCUCGUCAUCUGUCCAGGCACAGAGUUCAGCUGUUUGCCAACCUCUUCCUCUUGGACAAAAGUACAAGAGCAGAUCCCAAACUGACUGACACGCCAUACCUCCUUCAGCCCUCCCCCCC